UGUGUAUUCUUUGCCCAAAGAAAUUUUAUAUUGUUUUCUGUUUAAAUGAUAAAUAAUGAGUGAUUUAUGGAACAAAAGCUACCUAUGUCGCUGUUGCCAAGCUGAAAAUGGCUUCAGAAGUCUCGGCGAGCCGUAUGUUCACGAAGGAGCGCAGGAAAUAUACUCUGAUAUGUUACGGGAUUGUUUGAAUAUUAUUAUGAAACCUCCAAUUUCGUCCAAGUCAUACAGCAUCUGUGAAGGCUGUGUCUGUAGGCUGCGGGAUGCAACUAUCUUUAAAAGGCAGGUUCUCUCAUGUGAGAGCUUGCUGAUGGAAUACAGUGACCAGGUUAAUGACGAAACAAAAGCAGAUCCUGAAAUAAAGUCUGAAGAUGAUAGCUGCUCCAAUGGUUACCAUCAGGAGCUGAUGCAUAGACUCAAUUAUGAUGGCAAGGAUGAAAAGAACCUCACUUAUGAUGGUAUUGAUGAAGACAAAGCAAUGGCCAUAGAGGAUAUUGACGAUCAGCCGCUUGCCAGCCUUCGCUCUCGUCGUGGAAAAAGUGAUGUCACACCACAGGUAGCCGAAACUUCCGAAGACACCCAGAAAAACAAGAAAUUCUCCUGUAAAAUAUGUCAAAAGAAAUUUACUUACAAUGGUUUCUUAGAGGUACACAUGAGACAACAUACUGGGGAGAAAACGGUGCAAUGUAGGCUAUGUGACAGUAAAUACACUAAUAACAAGGAAUUAAAUAGACAUAUAAGCGCAAACCAUUCUGAUGGAGAUAAAUUCCCAUGUACACAGUGUUCUGAGAUUUUUGAUAAAGCGAGACUGCUGAAAAAGCAUUUAACAACACAUUUUAAGGAAAAGUUUUCUUGCAGCUACUGUGAUAAGGAGUUUCAAAGGAAAAAAGGAUUAAAGGAGCAUCUAAAAACUCACACAGGUGAGAAAAAAUACAGUUGUGAAGAAUGUGGUAAAUCUUUUGGUCAUAAUCAGACCUUAAAAUCUCAUAUUUUAACGCACACUGGUGAAAAGCCUUACGUAUGUGACGUAUGCGGACGGAGAUUCCCUCAAAGAACUCAUUUAAAAAGACAUAUAUUUAUUAUACACACCGGGGUCAAACCUUAUAGCUGUAAUAUAUGUAAAAAGCAGUUUUCCAGUAAAAGUUAUUUAUCUAUACAUGAAAGACAGCAUACUGGAGAACGACCAUACACUUGUGAGGAAUGUAAUAAGACUUUCACAGCUUAUACGACUUUAAAAGUCCAUAUGAGAGUACACACUGGGGACAAGCCUUACUCGUGUAGUUUCUGUAGUCGACAAUUCGCGCAAAUGGCAAGUUUCAAACUCCACGAAAGAACUCAUACUGGUGAAAGACCGUUUGCUUGUAAAAUUUGUAAAAAACCGUUUUCUGAUAACGGUUAUUUAAAGAUACAUAUGAGGGUCCACACUGGUGAAAAACCUUAUAAUUGCGAUAUAUGCAAGCGCGCUUUCAGAGAAACCGGUCAACUGAAACGGCAUUUAAGAGUCCACAGUGGAAUAAAACCUUAUACCUGCAAAAUAUGUAACAAACAGAUAGGAAACUUAUCUAAACACAUGCGUAUACAUUCCGACGCUAGGUAUAAUUGUAAUAUAUGUAAUAAACAGUUUUCCGUAAGCAAUUUGAAAUUGCACAUGAGGAUUCAUAGUGAAAGUAGUGGUUUAAAGAGACAUAGAUGUACACAGGCAGAUAAGGUUGAGUAAAUAAGUAAAGUCACAGAAUAAAUAAUAGUACUACCGUACAGAAAGGAAACUUCCUACAAAACCGAAGUUUGACAGUGGUUCAGGGUCGAAUCAUGCUAUCCCUUUCUAAUAUAUGGCACUAUCCUUUCGCCUAUUUAGGGUUGUCAAAAUUCAAGUCAUUAUCUUAUCUGUGGUUGUGCACGCAAAGGGACGUCAAGUUGUGCCAACCCUAAUAAUUGCUCGGAGCAAUGCUGAGCCGAACGGAGCCGAGUUUGCCCGAAGCGAGGAGAUUCGCACCCCUGGUAUAGUAUUGAAAAUUUGUUCUUUUUAACCCCCUAUGUAAAAAGAGGGUUGUUACCGCUAUCUGUGGCCCAUAACUCUUAAACGGGUAAACCAAUUUUAAUUUGUUGUUUUUUUUAAACACGUUUUCUAGUACUGCUUCUUAGAUAUAUUUUAUCAAAGUCGGUUCAUCCGUUUUAUUGCAUUGGGGUUUUUCAUGUUCUUUUGCGAGGCAAAUUAUUACAUUAUUGCAAUUGUAGCCUAAUUCCAUUGAGAUAUAGGUAUAAUGUGAUUGUCAGGGUAAUUUU